AUGCCCCUCGAAUUCAAGACCAGGAGGAUCGAGAUCAAAUCAACUCAUUAUCAGAAGGAGAUCGUCGACAGAGCAGAUAGCUGCGACAAUGACCUUCCCAGUACCACAAUCAGUGCGAACGAGUCAAAGCGAUGGCACUCGAGAUACCACGGCCUCAUUUUGCAGAAUCUCGGAUCCCUUAUGAUCUUACCAGUGACUGGGUCAACCCAGGCAGACGUUAUGUGCUUUUUCAAGGAUAUUUCUAUCAAGCAUCUGAAUGAAUACCGCCCGUGUGAACCAUGGCGGAAGACUCUCAUGUUCUUCUCCCAAACAGUGCCACCAGUGCGGCAUGCUGCCAUUGCUCUGGCCUUGAUUCACCGAAACUACCUGGAUCGUCAUUCCAACAAUGGGGUGUAUCAGCCGCCUUCCUUAAAAGACCCGCUACCGGAUAGGGCUCCUUUGUUUCACUAUAACCGCGCCAUUCAGCUUCUGCUGAACACAGAAAAUGGUGACAGCGCCGAAGUAACCGCUGUCACACUUUUGGUCUGUUACCUCUUUACCUGCUUUGAUCAUCUGGCGGGCGACAACGUACAAGCACUGAAGCACCUUCGCGGAGGUGUGGCGCUCUCUAGCAACAUCGACAACGCUACAUUGAACACCUGUACCUAUGACGAUACCCAAUCUUCGGGGGUUCACGCGAUUAUCUCCCAAGUCACAAGACAGCUCCGCCGUCUUGACAUGCAGGCCGCCAUGUUUCUGGUCGACUGGACUCCAGUCAACAUUCAAGAGACAUUUAUGUCCCAUCUUGCACUUUUUGACAGUACCUUUCGGUCACUCGACCAAGCUGCAGACCACCUCCAGGUUCUCGUCGCUCAGGUAAUGAGGCUGCGCCACACAGAUCAACAAAUUUCCCCGGCGGGUACUAUUCCGGAGUUACCUUCUUCACUCAAGGACAUCGUUCUCGGGCAGAUGGAAACGUGGUCUAUUCUCUUUGAAAACCUCCUGCAACAAGGCAGCCCCUCUGAGCCAGACUUUGGAACUGAUCCUCUCGUAUCACUCCUGCGCUUACAACAUACUAUCGCAUGGACGCUCCUCAGUGGUUAUGGGCCUGGCAGAGAAAUGGACUAUGACAAGUUCCUGCCCCAAUUCCAGAAAUGUGUUGCAUUGGCGGGCGAGGUAGCGGCGGAUCAUCAACGGUAUUCGGGGUCGUCAAGGUCGACUUUUACCCCAGAGAUCGGAUUUAUUCCAGUUCUUUACAUAAUCGGGGUCAAGUGCCGGCAUCCUCUUGUCCGUCGCGAGGCCUUGAGUAUUUUGCGACGGCAACGAAUACGGGAGGCGGUUUGGGAUAGCAUCUCUACUGCCAGGGUGGUUGAGCGGGUAAUCGAAAUUGAAGAGAGUGGGGCUUGGGAAGACCAAAUGGUACAGUGCAUGGAACAAAUUCCCGUAUGGCAGAGGGUAGAGGCAUUGUCUUAUACAUAUAUCCCAAGGGCGGCCAGGUUGGAUAUUACGUAUACAUUCUGCGCCCGGGAGGGUAUACACAUUGAGUCGCUCAUGGUAGAACGGGGAGAGUCUUAUCAUGCCAAAUAG